AGGUGGGCCACAACGCUACAUGUAUAAUUGGUCGGCACACAGAAACACAGUCGCACAACACUCCCUCGUCAAAUCGCCACAAAAACCUCCUGAGCAAAUCACGUAAAACAAUAUUCGCGUCUAUGUGGUCAACCACAUUGUGCUGUGAGAGUUAACCAACUGACCAUGAACCAUCGGUGUCCGGAGUCAUGCAUCAACGCAAUCACUGAGGAGAUGACCAACCCUAAACGAGACUUCCCGAUUUCAUUGACUUCAUCAAUGAUUCUCAUUACCGUUGUGUAUGUUCUCACCAACGUGGCAUACUUUGCAGCAAUGACGCCAACAGAAAUGUUAAACUCACCGGCAGUCGCGGUUACGUUCGGUGACAAAACUCUCGGCAGUAUGGCCUGGUUGAUGCCAGUCGCUGUUGCCCUUUCAACGUUCGGAGCUGCUAACGGACAAGCUAUGGCGCUAUCAAGACUAAUAUUUGUUGGCGCUCGUGACGGUCUAAUGCCAGAUCUACUUGGAAUGGUGCAUAUUCAAUUUAUGACUCCUAUGCCAGCAUUAAUUUCCAUGAUGUUUUUAUCCAUCCUUUACGGACUGUACCCGGAUGUUGGUAGCUUAAUCAAUUACACAAGCUUCUCGUAUUGGUUGUUUGUUGCCAUAGUUGGCACCGGACUAGUUUGGCUGCGUUAUAAGAGACCGGAUAUGGAGAGGCCAUUCAAGGACGAUUUGAGAAUAGUCUAUAUGAUGCCUGAAAAGCCAAGUGCUUAUCUGAGUAUGAAGAAUGAAAAUGAAACAGCUUUGGUAGCAAUUGUGAGUUGUUGGCAAGUACUCAUAGGCCAACUAGCAGUGCCAAUAUGA